AUGAACAUCACAAUGACCACGCCGGGCUCCGCAUCUCAGAGCGGCGUGUCGACUCCCUCGCCACAGAAAGGAUACAAAUGCUCGCUACCUCAGGAAAGGGUGUUCUCCAUUCAAAUAGGGACAGAGCUCUUCCGUCUCUCGGGAGCGUCGAUUGCCUCCGAUGCCCCGUCAUAUUUCUCCCAAUUCUUCGAAGAGCAGCUGCGGCUGAACGGAGACGGUGCGAACAUUCGGACGUUAUAUAUCGAUCGAGACCCGGUGACGUUUAAGGAUAUUGUGCGACAUUUACAGGGAUACCAUGUGCGCCCUAGAGACAGUGCGCAGUUCGUGAAGCUGUUCGCAGAUGCUCAGUUCUACAGCUUACCCCGGUUAAACUCUCAACUAUUCGAAUCAGAGAUCAGCAUCCAGAUUGGCGACCGCGAUUUCCAAAUACCCCGUGACAUUUUCUCAGGACCAGGCGACUCUCCAAACUUCUUCACCCUCGGCUUCGGUGCCUUCUUCGCUACUCCCACGCAGACCUUCCCCGGCCUGGAGCGCAUCGGCCUCCUACGUCCCCCGGCCAUCGUUCCUCCCAGCAUCCCCAACCGAUCGGGCGAGGUUUUCGCCGACAUCCUCCACCUCCUGCGCGGCUAUCCCCUACACAUCCGCAACAACACCCACCGCGCCGAGCUUCUGCGCGACUGCCGCUACUUCCAUCUUCGCGGCCUCGAGCAGAAGCUCAUCCCCCAUGACAUCAGUUUCAACCCCAUCCGGCAGCGCUCCGAGAUCAUCAUACGGCUAGAAGACGUGCGACGCUCCGGCGUCCACUUCGCCCCGGAUAGCCCCGCCGCUCCCCAAUCCUCUCCGGGAUGGGUCACCUACUCCCGCCCCUUCAUCGACGAACAGCCUUUGGACCUGAUCGUGGAAAUUGGCGACGAAUGCACUCUUGUCGACCUCGCCCGCAUGCGCGUGCAAUUCCUGCACCUCACCAAAACCCGUAUCGCCGCCCUUUUACAAGUCAUCACCAAUAAAAUCACCUCCACGCAGGCCGCUACGGCUACAAAUACAAACACCCCAACAGCAUCCGUCUCCCCUGCUAGCAGUUCUCCCACCCCUGAAACCUCUGCCAUCCGCAUCGAGCGCGACGCCGACCUCACCGUCGACGGCCAGUUCAUGUCCCACGCCGAUAUCUUCGGCAGUCCUGAUCCCGCCGCGGCCGAGUCCACGGAUGUGCAGAACCCUCCCGUGAAGCGCCGCCGGGUCGACGGGUCGUCGGUGGGCACGUCGGGAAAAUGGAUCGUUAGGACGGGGCAAUGGCGGUUGCGCGCGCAGCCAUCUGCCGUUGUUCCUGGGGAGGUCGAGAUCGUGUUGGUGGCGGUGAAGUUGGAUGUUUAUAGUGAGGCGAGGAUGCGGAAUCGGGAGAGGAGGUUUUUGGGCCAGCGCAGCAUUUAUUCCACCCUCAUCCCUAUCUCCCUCUCUACCCGAAUAUCUACACUCCCCUCAUCUCAGGCAAACAAACCACCCAACAUGAAACUCGCCGUCUUCAGCGCCAAAUCCUACGACAAACAAUACCUCACCUCCACCCUCCAAACCCACCACCCCUCCCUCUGCGACAUAACCUACCACUCCUUCGCGCUGUCGAGCGAAACCGCCUCUCUCGCCUACGGCAGCACCGCCGUCUGCGUCUUCGUCAACGACAUCCUCACGGCCCCGGUCCUCCAAAACCUCCACGCGCACGGCACCCGCGCCAUCCUUCUUCGCUGCGCAGGGUACAACAACGUCGACCUGCAAGCUGCCGAAGAGCUCGGCCUCUUUGUCGCGAACGUCCCCUCGUACUCCCCCGAAGCGGUGGCUGAGUUCGCCGUCGCGCUGAUCCAGACCCUGAAUCGGAAGACGCACCGAGCGUACAACCGCGUCCGGGAGGGGAAUUUCAAUCUGGAGGGAUUUCUGGGUCAUACGCUGCAUGGACAGACGGUCGGGGUGGUGGGCGUGGGUCGGAUCGGGAUGUCGUUGGCGCGGAUUUUCAAUGGGUUCGGAUGUCGACUGUUGGCGUAUGAUCCGUUCGGGGGGGAGGAGUUCAAACAAUAUGGGACGUUCGUGGAGCUGGAGGAGUUGCUGCGUGAGAGCGAUAUCGUCAGCUUACAUUGUCCGUUGACGGAGAGUACGCGACAUGUGCUUGGGGAAGAGAAUUUGGCGAAGAUGAAGAAGGGCGCGUUAUUGGUGAAUACGUCGCGUGGAGGGCUGAUUGAUACGAAAGCGGCGAUUGGGGCGCUGAAGAGAGGUCAGUUGGGUGGGCUGGCGUUGGAUGUGUAUGAGGAGGAAGGGGGCCUGUUUUAUAACGAUCACUCCGGGGAGAUCAUCCAUGAUGAUACGUUGAUGCGGUUGAUGACGUUCCCGAAUGUGUUGGUGUGUGGGCAUCAGGCCUUCUUUACGGAGGAGGCUCUGGGGGAGAUUGCGGGCGUGACGCUGGCGAAUUUGUUGGAUUUCGAGGAGAAGAGGACGUGUCGGAAUUCGUUGGGCAUUGUUGGCAAAUUCCACAUGCUCAAAGCUGCAUUCUCCGAGUACUCCACUAUAUUCCCCACUGGAUUUCUGACGCACUGCGUCCUGCCAUGUUCGUUCUUGGGAUUUGACCGUCGAAGCCCCGUAUGGUCGUCGUGCGGCCAACAUCCCAUGGUGGAAAUUCCUUGUGGGUGGUACAAUGAAGAUAUGAUGCCCCUUCAGUACCUGCCGCAUCUACCAAACAGCAUGGGAUUCGUUUCGACCCGUGUUGUAGAGCAGAUGUGGCAGGAUAAGUUCCUGUGGCUAUUGGAGCACCAUGAGGGUAACGAGGCUGCUGAUUUCGUUUUCCCAAUCCUUGUGCAUCCUGAUACCAGUGGCCUGGCGCACAAUACUGGAAUGAUCGAUCGAUUUAUUAACUGGUUGCAGAGGUUUGGCGAUGAUGUUCAGUUCUGUACUUACGAGCAGGUUGCGGCUGCUUGCCUUUCCGUGGAGAAGGCCAAGGCUGGCCAGGUCUAG